ACGUAAUGUCGAUUAUGCAUAAUUAGUUUUUUUUGUCAAAAGUGCUAAAAAUGUCUACGUUUUCUGAAGAUAAAAAACAAAUUGCGGAAUUUAAUGCAAUUCUUCUUGACUAUUAUAAGAGAAAUCGAAAUUCCAAUACGGAAGAAAAUAAAGAGGAUUCAAUAUCAAAAUUAAAAUUUACGGUGAGAACUCCUGAUCAAACAAAAACAACUGAAACUCAAACAAGUGAUGUACCCACUCCCGAUGGACCAAUGAACAAUGAUGGUACAACAUCACAGUAUCACAAUUUUAUAAGAUUAAGUUUAUUAUUUCCUGAUUUACAUCCAGCAACUCUACAUGGUGCACUUGGUUUAUGUAAAAAUGAUUUUAUACUAACUGUCGAUAGUUUGAUAUAUGCAAGAAAUUAUCGCAAAUCUAGCGAAAACAAUUCUAAUAUGGAGAACGUAAAUAAAACUACCGCGUCUGAAAUUUUAAACUUAAGUCCUUGGUCUUGA